AUGCCUAAACAUGAGAAAGGCCGAGUGACGGUGAACGUCGACGAAGUGCUAAGGAUUGGUUCGGUGCUGGAACGCAACAACCUCGAGCCUAAAAAAAGGGAAGCCUUUGACUGGUUGGCGGAAAAUCGUCACCGAAUGAACGAUAAUAGCAGAAAAUUCGCGGAACAGCUGAACAUAGCAGUUGGAGAUUUGGUGAUGAGCAGAGAGCUUAUCAGAAAGGUUGCAUUUAUUGUGCACAGCAUUUCAAAUAUUAAAAGAAUGCAAAUGCUCUAUUUAUGUGUCCAAAAAUAUGGAUGUAUACUCAUGGCAAAGCCAAAAUUUUUUGAUAAAAAAAGCAAACAUUAA